AUGGAAAAUACAAGUGCAGAUUAUAAGAGACUUGUCAGCCAGACAGAGGGAGACUUGCACCAAGAAUUACUUCCAAAACAAACAGAGAUCAGUCCCCAUACUUUUGACCAGACAAAGAGUAUAAUCUUUGCUCUUUUGACUGGACUCUUUUUUGCACUUCAUAACUUGACACUUGGGAGCCUUACCAGACUGGGAUACUUAGCUAGGUCUAACACUGGCCUAGGGAUAGGUAUUGGAGCAGUUAUUUAUUAUUCAUACCAGUUUGUCGACAAAAGAAGGAAGAACCAAGCAUUUUUCGACUGGGAAAAAUCAGUGUUUAGAAACCAGAAUCCCCAAGUUUCUAUUAAGCAUAGAGGAAAAUUUGAAUACUGGAUACUUGCUGGAGUUAUAGCAAUGGCGUUGAUAUCUAUAGGGUCUGGAUUGAUUGUUAUAGUCUCCUUCAAACUUGCUCUAGAAGGAGGUAUGAACCAAGGGGUCAUCACAGCUAUUUAUGGGACGACUCCUUUCAUCAUCUCCAUAAUGUUUUAUAUAAAGUUUGGGGAAACACUCAAGAUAUCCCAACUCAUUGGAAUGGUCUUUAUGAUCUUUUGCAUUACUAUGAUUGGAUUCUUGAGAGCUCCAUCUGCAGAAGCAAUCACUCAAGCAGACUAUAACCCAAAUGGAGUAGCAAUCGCUUUGAUCCUAUCAAUGAUAUGCCCCUUCUUCUUUGCUCUGGAUGGACUCAUCAUCAGACUUUUAUGUAUGAAAUUCAGAGUUAAUCCCAAUGAGCUGAGUCAGGCUGCCCACCUCUGCCAAGGAGGAAUAGUUAUCAUUGGAACCUUGCUAGGAUACUUGGUAGAUAAUUAUAAAUAUGAGUUCAUCUGGCUAGACUUCUUGCAGAUGGUCUUAGCUGGAAUCAUAGUGAAUUUUGGAGGAGCUUGUUUGAGUAUCUCAGUAUCACUUGGUAAUGUAGGAGUUGGUUACUCCUUGAUCAACUCCCAAGUGAUCAUCUUCAUCCUGCUAGCUGCUCUUCUAUUAGGCCAAAUACCCACCACGAUCGAAAUAGUGGCUGUGGCCUUUGGAAUUGUGGGUUCCUGCAUCAUGUCUCUUGGGCCAGAGAUUUACAACAAGCUAAUCAGAAUUAUUAAUACAAGGUUGCAAGAAUAAUUAAAAAAAUUUAUGAUUUGAUAAAAUGACC